AUGGCACUGUCAUCUCUUGCCGAUUAUGGCAAUGCCCAGUUAGUGAAUUGCAAAGCAUCUGACAGAGAAACUCUUAUUGACUUCAAAAACGGACUCGUGGAUCCAAAGAACCUGCUCUCAUCAUGGGAAGGGAGCAAUUGCUGUCAGUGGUGGGGAGUAGGUUGCAACAAUUGGACAGGAGAUGUUAUUGUUGUUGAUAUCCACAACCCAGAUAAAGUUCCAGAAAGCUGUGGGUUGCGUGGGGAAAUUAGAUCAUCAUUACAUUCCAGUUCGUUUUACCAAGCUGCCAAAUCUGCGGUUCUUGAAUCUCAUGGGCAACGGUCUCAUGGCCAGCACCUAUCAAUUGUUCGAGGAGAGUUGGAGCAAAAUAGAAAUUCAAUUGGGAUUGAUUUUUUGCAGGGUAAGCUACCACCUUCUAUUGGAAACGUGACAUCUCUCACUCAUCUUGCUUUGCCAGGCAGUAGCAUAGAGGGCAACAUUCCGAACUCAAUUUUCAAGCUUUGCAGUCUGGAACAUCUUGAUUUAUCAUAUAAUAAUCUAACAGGAAGUUUACCUGAACACCUUGAAGGGACAAAGUCUUGUCUUUAUGAAAGUCCAUUGCCUCAUUUGCAGAACUUGCUGUUAAUCAGAACUCGUUUGGUUGGUAUAUUGCCAAACUGGUUGGGUCAACUUCAAAAUCUUGUUCAACUAAAUUUGGAUUCCAAUUUCUUCCAUGGUUCUGUCCCUGCUGCUUUUGGGACAUUGAGACAUUUAGCUGUCCUGAUACUUAAACAGAAUGAACUGAAUGGAACUCUUCCAAAUAACUUGGGGCAGAUCUCAAACUUGUCCAUCCUAGAUGUCUCUUCCAAUCGUUUGACUGGAACACUCCCUGAUAGUUUGGGCAAGCUUUCUGAAUUGUCAUUCCUAGAUGUUUCUUCCAAUUGUCUCACUGGUAUUGUCUCUGAAUCUCAUUUUGCAAAGCUAACAAAAAUCAAAGUCCUAAGCUUUUCUUGGAAUUCUUUCAUUUUCAAAAUUAGUCCUAAUUGGGAUCCACCAUUUCAAGUUGAGUCCCUCAUGCUGUCUUCAUGUCAUUUAGGUUCAUUUCCAGGAUGGCUUAAAUCACAAAGGCAUCUUCUUGAUCUGGAUUUAUCAAAUGCUAAUAUGUCAUGCCCUAUACCCAGUUGGUUUUGGGAUAUUUCUGGCAACCUCUCUUUGUUAAACUUUUCUUCCAAUUCAUUAUGGGGUCAGUUACCAAAUAAAUUCAAAGUACAUUUUAAUGCAUUCACUGAUUUGAGUUUCAAUCUCCUUGAAGGGCCAAUUCCUCUUCCAACUAACCAAAUUAUAAUUUUAAAUCUUUCUCAUAACAAUUUUUCUGGCCCUAUCCCAGAAAAUAUUGGUGACUUGUCAUUCCUUAGCUUCUUUUCUCUUGCAAAUAACCAAAUUUCUGGUGAAAUCCCAACAUCUAUAGGGGAACUGCAGGUAGCAAGUGUCAUUGACCUUUCAAGGAACACUUUAACAGGAAGCAUUCCUAAGAGUAUAGGCAAUUGCCUUUACCUGGAGGUCCUUGAUCUUCAGAACAACAAUUUAUCAGGAAAAAUUCCAAGGUCUUUGGGUCAGUUAUCUGAUCUUCAAACAUUGCAUCUGAGGGACAACAUGAUCACAGGAAAACUCCCUUCGUCUUUCAAAGGUUUGUGGAGUUUGGAAACUCUGGACCUUGGAUACAAUAGAUUAAUAGUCAAAAUCCCACAAUGGCCUGGAGAUGUUUUUCCAUAUCUAAAAGUUCUUAGCUUGAGAUCCAAUGCCUUUUCAGGAAAAAUUCCUUCUGCACUUUUGAAUUUGACUUCUUUGAAAAUCCUGGAUCUAGCAGAAAAUCAGCUGAGUGGAAGCAUUCCUCCAGGAAUGAGUAAUCUCAAAGCCAUGACUCAAGAACAAAAUAUUAAGCAGGAUUUAAUUUAUGGGUGGGUGGCUGGUGUCUAUUAUGAAGAAAAUGUAAUUGUGAAUACGAAAGGCCAGUCUUUAGAAUACACAAGGACUCUUUCCUUUCUAACUUGCAUAGACCUUUCAGGAAACAAUUUUCAUGGGGAGUUCCCACAUGAAGUAACAAAAUUGGCAGGAUUGGUGGUUUUGAACUUGUCAAGGAAUGAAAUCAGUGGUCAAAUCCCCCAGAGCAUUUCAGAACUGCAUCAGUUGGAAGAAUCCCUUAUGCAGGACAAAUGUCAACUUUUGAGGCGUCUUCUUUUGCUGGAAAUCCUGGAUGGUGCUCCUCUUGCUGUUGAAUGUUCUGAUUCUGGUCCACCUAUUCCAGGAAUCAAUGGUCAGAUUGAUAAUGGCGAUGGUUACAUUGUUGAUAAGUUGCUUUACCUUGCCAUUGGGCUGGGAUUUGCAGCUGGUGUGCUGAUUCCUUAUCUGCUUAUGGCAUUUAAAAGGACUUGGAGCUACAUGUACUUUGAUUUUGUGGAUAAAGUUGCUGAUGCAUUAGAAAUAAUUGACAAUCCAAAAUAA